GGAUCCCAUUGAUCUAUUGCUACAUAUGUCGAAUCCUAACUCAAAUGAUCGCAAGCACAGUGACCCAAAUUACCUCAGGAAAUCCGACGAAGCUAUCCCGAGGGUGCGCAGAUCUAAGGACGCAGCACAUGCAGCCGAGCAGGAUUCUGAAGAGGAAUUUGAACCCAAGGAACAUGUAGACAGCCCCCCAAGGUACAAAUUUCUCCAUGGCCUGUAAUAAAGAGACUGAUCGCUGAUCAGGUUCACAAGUCGUGGACGGCAGGACGAGCAUUUGAGACGAAUGUCGCAGCCACAGAGCAGGCCAAAUCCUCCUACUCAACAUCAAGGCCCCAGGUACGUUUGCUUCAGGCCAGUCAUACAAUACCGCGCGUUGAAAGGGUGUGUAGUAGACAGCCACCUCGUCAAGAAAAUCCUGCGCAACAUGCUCCCGCAUACCUUCCCCCUGCUCAGCAUGCUCCUGCGCAACAACAUACUCCCGCACAGUACGCUCAUGCGCAACGUCCCCCCGCACAGCACGUUUCUCCGCAACAUGCUCCCGCGCAACAACAUACUCCCGCACAGUACGCUCAUGCGCAACGUCCCCCCGCACAGCACGUUUCUCCGCAACAUGCUCCUGCGCAACAACAUACUCCCGCGCAGCGUACUCCCGUACAGUACGCUCCUGCGCACCAUGCUCCCGCGCAACAUGCUCCCGCACAGUACGCUCCUGCGCACCAUGCUCCCGCGCACCAUGCUCCUGCGCAACAACAUACUCCCGCGCAGCGUACUCCCGUACAGUACGCUCCUGCGCAACAUACUCCCGCGCACCAUGCUCCUGCGCAACAACAUACUCCCGCGCAGUACACUCCUGCGCAACAUCCUCCCGCGCAACGCACCCACGCACAAUACGCUCCUGCGCAACAUCCUCCCGCGCAACAUCCUCCCGCGCACCGCCCCCCCGCACAGUAUGCUUCUGCGCAGCAACAUGUUCCCGCGCACCGUCCCCCCGCACAGUAUACUCCUGCGCAACAGCAUGUUCCCGCGCACCGUCCUCCUGCACAGUACUCACCUGCACAGUACCCACCACAGUACCCACCCGCACAGUUCCCACCCGCACAUCACCCACCAGGCCAACCAGGGCGAAGGUGAGGGAUGGUUUGGUUCGUCAUUCGUGGUGUGACUGCUAUGACUCCUGUACAUCAGAUGUAACAUAAGUGCAUGUAUUUUGGUUAUCUCGAAUGUGUACAAAAAUAAACGUGA